AUGGCGCGCGAUAAACAUGCGUUCGAGUCAGAGCAGCAGAUGGGCUCCGUCAAGGCCGUCUCCGGCCCCGUCGUGAUUGCCGAAAACAUGAGUGGCAGCGCCAUGUACGAGCUUGUACAAGUCGGCUCGUUCCGCCUCGUCGGCGAGAUCAUCCGCCUGGAGGGCGACACGGCCACGAUUCAGGUGUACGAGGAGACCGGUGGUCUGACUGUCGGUGACCCGGUCUAUUGUACUGGCAAGCCUCUGUCGCUGGAUCUGGGCCCCGGCAUCAUGUCUGAGAUCUUUGACGGCAUUCAGCGCCCGCUCGACACGAUUUACCAGAUGGUGCAGAACGUGUUCAUUCCGAAGGGCGUGCAGGUGAGCGCUCUAAACAUGAAGAAGCAGUGGGAUUUCACCCCGCUCGUGAAGGUAGGCGACAUCGUCACAGGCGGUGACAUCCUCGGCACUGUCGCGGAGAAUUCACUCAUGAGCAACCACAGCAUUAUGGUGCCGCCAAACAUGCAGGGACGUGUGGUAUCGGUACAGCCUGGUGGUAACUACACGCUGGAGGAUAGCGUGGUGGAGAUCGAGCUUAACGGCAAGACAAAGUCGCUGCGUCUGAUGCAACGCUGGCCCGUGCGCACGCCGCGCCCGGUGGCUGUGAAAGAGUCGGGUAAUCAUCCCCUACUGACUGGUCAGCGUGUGCUGGAUGCAUUGUUCCCCUCCGUGCAGGGUGGCACGUGCUCCAUCCCCGGUGCAUUCGGCUGCGGCAAGACUGUCAUCAGUCAGGCCCUCUCCAAGUACUCCAACUCGGACUGUGUCAUCUACGUCGGCUGCGGUGAACGCGGUAACGAGAUGGCCGAGGUGCUCAUGGAGUUCCCGACCCUGACGACCGUGAUCGAUGGUCGCGAAGAGUCCAUCAUGAAGCGCACCUGCCUCGUGGCGAACACCUCGAACAUGCCCGUCGCAGCCCGUGAGGCCUCUAUUUAUACCGGCAUCACCCUUGCUGAGUACUACCGUGAUAUGGGCAAGCACAUUGCCAUGAUGGCCGACUCGACGUCUCGCUGGGCCGAGGCGCUGCGUGAGAUUUCAGGUCGAUUGGCAGAGAUGCCGGCUGAUGGUGGCUACCCUGCCUACCUCAGCGCCCGCCUCGCCUCCUUCUACGAGCGCGCCGGUCUCGUCACCUGCAUCGGCGGGCCGAAGCGCCAGGGCUCCGUCACGAUCGUCGGUGCAGUGUCUCCGCCGGGCGGCGACUUCUCCGAUCCGGUGACGUCCGCCACGCUUAGUAUUGUGCAGGUGUUCUGGGGUCUGGAGAAGCGUCUCGCACAGCGCAAGCACUUCCCGUCUGUCAACUGGCUCAUCUCCUAUUCCAAGUACCUGAACGCACUGGAGCCAUUCUUCAGCACCUUCGACUCAGACUACAUGCGCCUGCGCGCUGUUGUGUCGGAGGUUCUGCAGCGCGAGGAAGAAUUGCAGGAGAUUGUGCAGCUGGUAGGUAAGGACUCCCUCUCCGAGUCUGACAAAAUCAUUCUCGAGGUGGCAAAGGUGAUUCGUGAGGAGUUCCUCCAGCAGAAUGCCUUCACCUCGUACGACAAGUUCUGCCCGCUGUACAAGACGUGCUGGAUGCUGCGCAACAUCGUCACAUUCUACGAGGAGGCCCAGCGCGUUGUUGCCGAAUCAGCCGGCGACCACAAGAUCACGUGGAACUACAUCCGUGAGAAGAUCCCGACCAUCUACACCGGCCUGACCGAGAUGAAGUUCCGUGACCCUAGCGACGGAGAGGAGGUGAACACCGAGUACUUUAAGAAGCAAAACGAGGAGAUCAUCAGCUCCUUCAGUUCGCUGCUACAGUAA